GCGAGUGGUUCAGCUGUCAUGCUGUCGCCGUGAAACUUUCUCUCUCUCUCUCUCUCCAUCUCUCCACACCCACCAGCCACUACUAUAACCACCCCCCUCCUCCUCCCCGUUCUUUCUCUCAUCACUCAUCCUUCCAUUCCAUCGAUCGUCUCAGCUCACUAGCUCCUGUCUUUUACACAGCACUCUUGCCACUGAUAAUAACUGAAGUAGCUGCCAAAUUAAGCUAGCUAGCUAGCUCUGCACCCCGGCUAGCCUGUGGAUAAUGCCGGAGCAGGAUGUGUGCAGCCCGGCGUCGUCCGGCGGCAGUGGCACGACGUCUUCCUCGCCGCCGGCGUCGCCCGGCUUCGGCUCGAACAGGCGUGCUCGGGACGACGGCGUGGGCGGGGGGCGGCACCCGUCGUACCGGGGCGUGCGGAUGCGGGCGUGGGGGAAGUGGGUGUCGGAGAUCAGGGAGCCCCGCAAGAAGUCCCGCAUCUGGCUCGGCACCUUCCCCACCCCGGAGAUGGCCGCCCGAGCCCACGACGCCGCCGCGCUCGUCGUCAAGGGCCCCGCCGCCGUGCUCAACUUCCCUGACCUCGCAUCGAGGCUCCCGCGUCCGGCUUCUUCCUCGCCACGCGACGUCCAGGCCGCCGCCGUCCGCGCCGCCGCCAUGGACAUGGGCCAUCUUCAUCAUCAACAGCAGCCCGCAGCCGCCGCAUUGUCUCCGUCGUCGCCUGCCCCGGCGAUGAUGCUGCAGCAGCCCGUGAUCUCUGCCGCGGCAGACGUUGUCGACGAUCUCGACGCGAUCUUCGAGCUGCCGCGGCUCGACGACGACGCCACCGGGCACGUGUUCGGGGGCCUGACGAUGGCGGAUCAUCACCAGCAGUCGUGGUGCGACCCUGUGUGGAUGGACGACGAUGGCUGCAGCUACGCGCAGGAGGACAUGUUCGGCUUUGGCCUCGACGCCGCCGUCGACCAGUACCACGGCUGGGGCGCGCCGUCGUCAGUUAGCGCCCUGUUGUGGAACCUGUAAUUGCUGAAUAUUAUUGGGUAAUUACCAGCUCCUUUCUUUCUUUUAAUUAAUCUCCACACACUUUCCACCUCGCUCGCGCUUUCUCUUUCCCUCUCUUCCUUUGUCGUUCUUGUCCAAAUCUGUACAUAUAGAUUUGCAACUUUUAAUUUCCACGAGUUAAUUAAUAAUACUUCUGUCUCACUCCUUCUCCUCUUUAGUACUGUACUGUCUUGUACUGUACUCCUCCUAGUUGCUAUAUAUAGUACGUAGCCUAUCUUUAACUUGCUUUUUGAUUUGUUCGGUUUGGGCCUCUUGCCUUUUGAAUUUGUCUUUCCUCUGCCCUUAAUCGGGUUCCAAUAAUCAAGCACAGUCAUCUCCAUA